AUGGCGGUGGACGCGAAGCGGCUGGAGGGCCUGAGCCUGCAGCAGCUGAACGAGCUGCUGGACGACGAGGAGCAACUCCAGAGCAUGGCCCGUGAGAUGGAGGAGGCCCAAAAUGUUCAACUUAGCAAGGACAUGACUCUUGCCAGCAACCGUAGCCUUGCCGAGGGCAACCUCCUGUACCAGCCGAAGCUGGAUGCUCUGAAGGCCACUUUGACACAAAAGUACCAGGAGCUGCAGGUUCUUUUUGAAGCUUAUCAGAUAAAGAAAACAAAGCUAGACCGACAAUCUAGCCACGCUUCCCUGGAGACCCUGUUAGCACUUCUUCAGACAGAAGGGGCGAAGAUCGAAGAAGACACUGAGAACAUGGCCGAGAAGUUUCUGGAUGGUGAAGUGCCGUUGGACACCUUCAUUGAUGAGUACCAGAGCCAGAGGAAACUGGCUCACCUGCGGCGCGUAAAAAUCGAAAAACUUCAAGAGAUGGUGCUGAAGGGGCCGAGACUCCCCCCAGUGCCACCUCAGCCGAGAGCCACAGAAACCCCACCAGUGCUUCAGACUGUGGAGGCAAAUACCCCUCCCUCCGUUAUGCCUCGUCGGAAUCCACCUCCACCACCUCCCACUUCUGUGGCCCCAGCAGGACGCUUUCCUACUCCGUUUACGGCAGCAAUGAAUGCUGGACCAGCCCUCCCCUAUCCAAAUAUUCCAUACCCUCCACUUCCCCCGCGAACGGGAGUUCCUCCUACGAGUCAAAUGCCACCAGGAUACCCAGCUCAGUUUGCAUCACAGUUCCCACCAGCGUUGCCCCAAAGACCGCCACCUCGCCUCCCGCCCAACCCUGGCUUUAUCUUACAGUGAAUAUGCCAUUGGAGCCAGACUCACGUAUCGGUGCUCUUCUCCUUAUUCCCUAACUCUGAGACUCACCUGAAGAAGUGGCUGACCUCCCAUUCUUCG